AUGUGUCAGGAUGUGUGUGAAGAUGUUUCGUGCUAUGGUGACGCGUUUUGUCAUCAAGGGGAAGUUACCCAGAUCGAUGGCACUAAAAAGACAGUUCCCAAAUGUGUCAAUUCGGAUGCUUGUGAAGAUGUUACAUGUUUCGGAGAUGCUCGUUGUAAAGUAGUUAAUGUUGUAUGUUAUACAAACGGUAACAGAUGCGACCUUCCCCGUUGUGGUGAUAAGGAUACCAAAGAUUAUGAAGCUGACGUGAAGUCGGCUAUCGAUGUUGAAGAAGACAGACCCCGCUUGGCUCGUGAGAACCGACCAUACGUCAUUCUUAGCACUGCUGAUAACCUUAAAGAUUACGACCGUCUAUGUCAGAAUGGACCAUCAGUAGAUUGUUUCGGAGAAUCCAUCUGCAAAAUUGCAAAAAUUCGAUGUCUCCCCAACACAACAUGCGAUCCUCUGAUGCCGAUUUGUGUUGACAAACAAAUCGAAGAUUAUCAGCCGAGGACUUAUAAUGUGACUUCAAAUCAUUGA